AGUGGGGCCCGAGUCCCGCGCGCGGGGUGGGAAAGCCGACGCCUUUGGCUGUCGGGGGGCCUCUGCCCCUCCUCCGGCCUCCCCCAGGAGCUGGCCUGGGUAGUUUCCAACUCGUUUCCCUCUGCGAUCAUCCCAUACCCGCAUGGCACUCUCAGUAUGGCGGUGCUGAGGAAGGUGGGGGUCCCUUGAUCCAAGGUGGGGAGGGGAGAGUGACACGUGGAUCCCUGUGCCCAACAGGCAGGACAGGAAGAAACCUUAGCAGUAUAACUAAGGCAUUCUCAUACUUGCCUUGGAACAGAGCCAUUCUUUCUUGGCAGACUUUUACAUUUUUAUCCUAGUCCCCACCCUGUGGAAGGAGCAGGUGGCUUGUUCUGAGUUAGCUUUCUCCUUGCCCUCUUGGAAAGGAAAGACACAUAGCCACUGCUAGUAGGGCCAUGGAGAUCCCAGAAAGUCACUGAGAUGCUCCACAAAAGGCUUUAAACAUCUUGCCCCAUAGUGCCAGGUGGAGCAGCCUGGCAAACACUCCACAGUAAAAAUUGUUGACCUUUUUUAUGUUGGAAAAAAGAAAAAAGAAAAAUGUCAGCCUGUGAUGAUAAUGGCCCAGUGGCUCUGCGUCUGUAAAACCACAAUUGAAAAGACAUUUUAUGGGGUGGGUUUGGAACCACAUUGUGGUUUGGUUGAUUGACUCUCCUGUGGGUGAGAUGCUUCCAAGAACACUACUUGAGGCCUCAUUCAGUGGAAAUCUAUAAUGGUGGCUUUCUCCCAGGUGUGGGUUAGCUAUAUGGAUACCUAGUAUUUGGGACACAUCCGUCCAGUAUAGUCAACUCUGAACAGCUUGACCCCACUGACCUUCAGAUACUGUUGCUGCGCAAUAACCCAAUCAAUGCAAUGCCUUGUUUGGACAUCAAGUGUGUUUGUAAUGCUGUCCUGCUUCUCGGUGCCUGGAAGAGGGGGUUGGUUAUCUGAUGAUGCUAGCUGCCAAGCAGGCGUAAUCAGACUCUUGCCAGAUGAGUUUAGUUUGAUCACUUUUCUCUGCAUUUACUCAGGAUCUGAACAGUCCAUCCAAGAUCUCCUGGACACUUUGACUCAUUUCACCUUUUUCUCUGGGAAAGAAAACAAUGGCCAGGAAAUUCCCAGAGUGCCAUGCACAGCCAGUCAGAAGGAAAGCCCUGGAGCAGAGCCCUGGAAAAAGUUCUGUGGGGCUAGAUGCUAAUCCUUCCCUUAUCACAUUGUGGAGAGGUUCCAGAGGUGUCCCAGAGGAAGGGCCCAGGCCAAAGCUAAUUACCAAGCAGUACAAAACCAGUCUAUAUUUUAACAAAAUUGUGAUGGUACCCACAGGCUUAAUUAUCCUAACAGGCACUUAUUUCCAUCCUAAACAGUGGCACAGGAUCACUGCUUUGGACAUUUAUUCUUUGAGCAGAGCAGGAAGCUUUCUGAUUCCAUUGUCAGAAUGUUUUCAGUUUGGUUUGAGGAGGGAAGACACCUCCUGGGGAAGGCAUGUGCAUCACAGAGACUUCUUUGUUGAUUUCCACACAUCUGGAAGUGUGACUGCCCAGCGAUGAAAUCAGAAUCGGUCUAUUUGUUCACAGACUUGGAUAGGAAGGAAAUCCUGGAAUGUCCAGUUACUGAUUCCAGAUGUGUUUGUUUCAUUCUUUUUUAAAAUUAAUUAAUUUAUUUGUUCUAAUUUGUUAUACAUGACAGCAGAAUGCAUUUCAAUUCGUAUUACACACAUGGAGCACAAUUUUUUAUUUCUCUGGUUGUACACAAAGAAAGAGUCACACCAUUCGUUGUCUUCUUACAUGUACCUAGGGUAAUUAAGUCCAUCUCAUUCCACCAUUUUUCCUAUCCCCUUGCCCUCUCCCUACCCCUCCCUCCCCUUUGCCCUAUCCAAAUUUCCUCCAUUCCUCCCAUGCUCCCCCUACCACACCCAUUAUGAAUCAGUAUCCACUUAUCAGAGAGAACAUUCGGCCCUUGGUUUUUUGGGAUUGGCUUACUUCUCUUAGCAUGAUAUUCUCCAACUCCAUCCAUUUAUCUGCAAAUGUCAUGACUUUAUUCUCUUUUAAUGCUGAGUAAUAUUCCAUUGUGUAUAUAUACCACAGUUUCUUUAUCCAUUCGUCUAUUGAAGGAUUGGUUCUGUUAUGGGGAGACGCCUCAGAAAGCACUCUAAGUCCGAAUUUCAAAUCAAAAGAGAGCUUUAUUUACCUGGCCAGGAGCUGUCACCCACCACAGAGACUGAAGCUCUGUGGGUGGACAGCAUCUUCCUGGUCCAUCCAAAGAGAAUAUAAGCACAAAAACCACAACUCAGUGACUUGUUUAUUGUCAUGUAAGCUAGCCAAUCAUAGAAAUUCAAACAUUAAUAAGUGGGACCUGUGAGCUCUAGGCAAGACUGGAAUUUUCCAGUCAGCAAGCAAGCGAUAAACAGAAGCAAAAAAAAAAAAGCAUUAGCUUUGCAGUUCAGUUGACCACAGUCCUGGGUUCAAGCAGGUGCUGGACAGUCGCAUCCUGAAUUUGGGCAGGGGUCGGUGGGCAGAGAAUCUACUUCAAAGUCACGUAGACCCACAAGGUCAUUCAAACCCAGGAUAUAGCUCACCAUGACCACCGCUACAUCCUGAGUAGGUUACAAUUUGUGGGGUACAAAGUGAAGAAAAGCAAUUUUUAUAAGAAAACAAACAGCUUUCAUUUCAGUUUCUCAGAAACAGUUCUUGUAACAGUGUUUUAUAGAAGGCAGCAAAAUGGACAGUUCUUGCUUUAUAAUUGUCUUAUCUCACUUAUCAAAAUCUUAUGUCUAUAGUCUAUAUUUUUUACUAAUCUAUAAUCUAUAAUUUACACUCUUAUUGAUUGUAUUUAUUAGUUCACACCACAACCGUUCCAUAAUUUAGCUAUUGUGAACUGUGCUGUUAUAAACAUUGAUGUGGCUCCCUCAACUGUGGAAAAGAAUGCAGAAAGCAGAUCUCUGAAUCUGCCUGAAGCUCUGAAUCUUCAGUCAGUUCUCCAAAUCUUUGAGUGGUUUGAAGUUCUGGCUUCAUAGUUCCCUAAUUUGUGAACCACGACCUAUGACGUAUUCAGCUCUGUGGGGCAAACACAAGUUUGGAGUAUGGUUUCUAUUAUUCUGAAGCCUCCAGGUGUAGAUGGGAAGAUAAAACCAGCACCUGUGAGAUAAUUAGAGAGCAAUUAAGUACAAAAUUAUGUGGUAUCGUCCUCUAGUUCAAAGAUAAAGCCCGGGUAUGCUUAGAAAAGGCAGAGAAGACUUUCAGGAACUAUUUGGUCUUGAGCUCAGUUUAGAAACCACAAAGACUAGACAGAGUAAUAAGAAACUCAGGACAAGCAAUGGCACUUGCUGUCCACAAGCUGCACUCUGAACUCCAGCUCUGGUCACUCUUUUCAGGCACACAACCUACUGACCACACCAUUUUUUCCUACCCUUUUUUCCCCUUUUUGCUUGCUCUCCUGUGUGCAGGAUGCUCUGCUAGGGGCUCCCCUAGAUUUUUAAAGCAUGCCAAUGCUACCUUCUGCAGUGAAGGCUUCCCUGGCUGGCCCCGACUCCAAAUUUCUCACAGAGCUGGAGAGCUUCUCCCUUGUCCUCCCAUUGCUCCUUGCGUAGACUCCUGUUGAAUCUCUUACCAUCCUGGAGUUGAGGGGGUCUUUGCCCCACUCACAGAGGCUUUUAGGGAGUCCUAGGCUAGACAUCUGAUUUUGAAGGUCCCAACAAACAAACUCUGAGGUUCAGCCACUUGCCCCAAAAACCAGACAGAAAAGAUAAUAAUGAAAAACAGGAGGAGAUCUUUAAUCAAUGUGGCCAUAUUGGAAAGGCAAAGCAAGAUCCAGCAUCUCAGCCCUGUCUUUGGUUGUUGACAGGAGCUUUAAGUUUAAAUAGACGAAGAACUGGGGGAAUGUGUGAGGGGUAUGCAGAAAUAAGCAGUCUCGGUCAAACUGUGGUCUGGUUGAUUUGUUCUGUCAAUUCUUACUCUGUGAAGUAGCUCCAGGGAAGUCCUGAUCAUGUGACAAUUGCCACUUGCCACUCAGGAUGUCUAUUAGUCCUGUGAUCUUGGAAGGAAGAGUUAUUUUCCAUGAGAUGAUUGCCUAUGCUUGGGGAGGGAAGAGUCUCAUUCUGGGGUGAUCUGGAAGAUGUAGGGCAACUGCUAAAGACUUGUGAGCACUACUCCAGGGUUCUGAAACAGGAUGCUGCAAAUCUUGCCCCAGUCUUAAAGGAGGAUGAGGUAAGUUAGGUAAAUUUAGGGCUAAUAAACCUUACGUUAUUUUUUUUUUAGAUGAACAUCCUUAAAUGAUUAUCAUGCCAAUGUGCAGAGCUGAGCAGAUCACAAAAUUGAAGCUUUGUUUAGGAAAUCAAAGCCAGAAGAACCUGCAUGGUACUUCUGAGUACAGUCCUGCUACUUGCCUGCCCAAGAGCAAUGACCAGGGGAUCUUCUAGAGAGGUGCAGGAAAACAAAAGCUCUUUCUCCUGAUUCAUUCUCCCCCCCACCCCACCUGCACACACACCAUCACAGUGACGAGAUUCCUACAGAAUCAAAAACUGAAGCCUUGAAACAACCUGGGGACCCUCUGCCUCUAGAAUGAAAAGAACUUAGAAGGGCCUCAUACUAGGAAGAGGAGGAUCAUGGCAGAUCACCUUGACCUUCUCUUAGGAGUGUUGCUGAUGGCGAGUCCUGUGUUCGGAAUUCCUUCCUGCUCCUCUGAUGGUCGGAUAGCCUUAUUUCGUUUCUGCAAUCUCACCGAGAUUCCCUCGGUCCUCAACACCACAGAGAGGCUCCUGCUAAGCUUCAACUACAUCAGGACAGUCACUGCCACGUCCUUCCCCCUCCUAGAGCAGCUCCAACUGCUAGAGAUCGGGAGCCAGUUUACUCCCUUGUCUAUCGACAAAGAGGCCUUCAGAAACCUGCCCAGUCUUAGGAUCUUGGAUCUGGGUAAAAGUCAGAUCGACUUCUUGCAUCCAGAUGCUUUCCAGGGACUGUCCCAUCUCUUUGAACUGAGACUGUUUGCCUGUGGUCUCUCUGAUGUUGUACUACGAGAUGGUUAUUUCAGAAAUUUAACUUCUUUAAUUCGCUUAGACCUGUCCUAUAAUGAAAUUGGGAGCCUUUACCUUCAUCCUUCAUUUCAGGAGCUGAAUUCCUUAAAGUCCAUAGAUUUUUCCUUCAAUCAGAUAUCCAUCUUAUGUGAAGAUGAGCUCAAGCCACUCCAAGGGAAAAUGCUGUCUCUUUUCAGACUCAAAGCAACUUACCUGUACAUCAGAGUCUCAGUGGACUGGGAGAAAUGCAUGAACCCAUUCAGAAAUAUACGGCUGGAAACCCUUGAUGUUUCUGAUAACGGCUGGACUGUGGCUAUCACAGGAAACUUCAGCAACGCCAUCAGGGGAAGCCAGAUUUCCUCUUUGAUUCUCACCUACCAUAUUAUGGGUUCUGGGUUUGGCUUCCAAAACCUCAAAGACCCUGACGAGAACAUAUUUACCGGCCUGGAGAGAAGCUCAGUAAAACGCCUGGAUCUGUCCCACGGGUACAUCUUCUCCUUGAACCCCCGACUCUUUAAGACACUCAAGGACUUGAAAGUUCUGAACCUUUCCUACAACAAGAUAAACCGGAUUGCGGACAAAGCCUUUUAUGGACUUGAGAACCUCCAAAUACUCAAUAUAUCAUAUAACCUUCUGGGGGAACUUUAUAAUUCCAACUUCGAGGGGCUACGUAGCGUAGCCUACAUUGAUCUCCAAAAGAAUCACAUUGGAAUAAUUCAGGAUCAGACCUUCAGAUUCCUAAAAGAAUUGCAUACCUUAGAUCUCAGGGACAACGCUCUUAAAACCAUUUCUUUUAUUCCAGACUUACUUACUGUCUUCUUAGGUGGCAACAAACUGGUGACUUUGCCAAACGUUAACUUUAAAGCCAACUUCAUCCACUUAGCAGAGAACAAGCUAGAAAAUCUGGCUGACCUCUACGAACUUCUCCGGGUAUCUCAGCUCCAAAUUCUCAUUUUAAAUCAAAAUCGCUUUUCCUCUUGCAGCCCAAGCCACGCCCCUUCGGGGAAUCGCAACUUAAAACAACUUUUCCUUGGAGAAAAUAUGUUGCAACUUGUCUGGGAAACUGGGUUCUGUUGGGACGUUUUUAAGGGGCUCUCCCAACUCCAGAUUCUGUAUCUGAAUAAUAACUAUCUUAAUUUCCUUCCCCCUGGAGUAUUUAGCGAUCUGACAGCAUUGAGGGGACUGAGCCUCAACUCCAACAGGCUGACGGUUCUCCCUCCUGGCAGUUUACCUGCUAAUUUAGAGAUCCUGGAUAUAUCCAGAAACCAUCUCCUGUCUCCUGAUCCUGGUUUAUUUGCAUCCCUUAGCAUGUUGGACAUAACUCAUAACGAGUUCAUCUGUGAGUGUGAACUCCGCACCUUUAUCAGUUGGCUCAAUCAAACCAACGUCACUCUAUUGGGAUCUCCUGCAGACAUCAACUGCAUGUAUCCUAACUCGCUCUUAGGGGUUUCCCUCUACUCCGUUUCCAUGGAAGACUGUGAUGAAGAGGAAGUCUUCAAGUCCCUAAAGUUUUCUCUUUACAUUUUAUUCAUUGUCACUUGGACUCUGUUCCUCGUGAGUGUUCUCAUAGUCGCAAAGUUCCGGGGAUUUUGUUUCAUCUGUUAUAAGACAGCCCAGAGACUGCUGUUCCAUGACCAUACACAGAGAAUAGAAUCUGAUAGGUACAGAUACGAUGCCUAUUUAUGCUUCAGUAGCAAAGACUUUGAAUGGGUACAGAAUGCUUUGCUUAAACACCUGGACACUCAGUACAGUGACCGAAAUAGAUUUCACCUGUGCUUUGAAGAAAGAGACUUCGUCCCGGGGGAAAACCACAUCACCAACAUCCAAGCUGCCAUCUGGAGCAGCCGAAAGAUCAUCUGUCUUGUGAGCAGACACUUCCUUAGGGAUGGGUGGUGCCUGGAAGCCUUCAGUUACGCCCAGAGCAGGUGCCUCUCUGACCUCAGCAGUGUCCUUAUCAUGGUGGUGGUUGGGUCCCUGUCCCAGUACCAGUUGAUGAAACACCAGUCAAUCAGAGGAUUCAUACAGAAGCAGCAGUACUUGAGGUGGCCAGAAGAUCUCCAAGAUGUGGGCUGGUUUCUCAAUAAACUCUCUCAGUGCAUCCUAAAGAAAGAAAAAGGAAAGAAAGAAGACAGUCGCAUUCAGUUGCGAUCGAUAGCAAUCGUCUCCUAGUCCAAAGAACAGCUUGCAAUUCAUCCCAAGCCAUAAGGAACGCUUGACUUUGUAUUUGCACAAAGUGACCAUUUGGGGGCUCUUUCUGGAGGUCUUGUUCCUACUAUAAAAACAUCAAUCUCUUGGCUUUCAUGUCAACACGAUGUUUGUCUCACUGACCUCCAAGUGGAAAAUAAUAUCUGGAAAAUUGCAACUGCCCCUAGAGGUUCCCACUCACCAUUGAUUUCCUUUCAGACCCAAUAAUACUGUUCUCUCCUGUUGUAUGGACUACAGAAUGUCCCCUAGUCAUGGAAAGGGCACCUUGGAAAAAGUUACAGGUGGCUUCAUGGUUUUGCAGGGUUCGGUUCAAGAAUGGUCUGGUCUGUGAUUCUGAUAACUCUGUUUUCGGCAAAACAAUACUAAAAAGAACUGAGACCUCUUUCCUUCUUUGGCUUUAGGAACAUCAACAGUGCUGGAUGCAGGUCACAUUUUAUCUUGGGGAUAAAAGGUGGUCCCAAGGAACCUUCAACUCCUCUGAGUCUAACCCUUGUGAACCAUGCCAUUUUGCAUGUGACUCUUCUUUCAGCCUGAUGCUCAGGACCUACCAUGUUAGCACCAACCUACCUCUUGAACUUCCCUUCCUGCCAGUAACACCUCAUUCAUCAACUCCGUAAGCUGUUGUAGGAAGAAUAUGGACUUUAUACACAGAUCCUGGAUCAAAUUUUGAUUCUGCUGCUUGUUAGUUGGGUCACUUUGAGUAUGGUACACCCUUGCUGGGCCUGCUUUCUUGCCUGUGGACAUCACAGUUACUAGGAAAAUUAUAUUAACCAAGAAUGUCAGGACUUCUCAGAUCUUUUCCUUAGUUUUCCUAAUGGCCACAAGAGAUGAAACACACUGAAUGGCCUCUGGGGGCAGUUGGAGUGUCUUUGAAUUUGUAAUUUUUGCCCUAAAAGGAAUCUACAUGUAUUUCACAUUCUAAUUCUUUUUUUGUGUGUUUCUUAAUAUAGAGGCAUGUUUCUACAAAAGCAUUAAUAAAAUUUUUAGCCAAAGAACAUGUGUCAUAUUUACCUGUUAGCUUCACAUUCAGCCUCUUCUACAUCCGACAUACUGUAUGUUGUAGUCAUGUCAAUGACUGCAGCUCAAGGAGUACUCUUGGGCUUAGGACUCAGCACUCCCAAAUGUCACUCCCUUCCCCUCAUGGUGCAUCCCAGUCCUCACCUCUUUAACA